AUGAUGAUGUCUACUGGUAUGCUGGGAGAAGAUGGCAUCCAUGUCGAUAUGAACCACCUCAAGAAGGGCGAGGUCAACAUGGCCAUCAACUUCAAGGACGGUGUCAUAUUAGCUGCCGACAGCAGAACCACAACUGGAGCCUACAUCGCAAACCGAGUCACAGACAAGCUCACACAAGUGCACGAUACCAUCUGGUGUUGCAGGUCUGGGUCAGCAGCGGAUACACAGGCUGUAGCAGACAUUGUCCACUACCACCUGGGCAUGUACGGCACCACCAAUGACGAGCCCCCAACGACACAAACGGCAGCAGCCAUAUUCCAAGAGCUCUGCUACUCCAACAAGGACCAGCUCUCCGCUGGACUCAUCAUUGCCGGAUGGGACCACCGACACGGCGGCCAGGUAUACUCAAUUCCACUCGGAGGUUCGCUACACAAGCAGUCGUACGCAAUUGGCGGUUCAGGAUCAACGUACAUCUACGGUUACUGCGACGCAAACUGGAAAGAGGGAAUGACGGAAGAAGAGGGCAUCAAAUUCGUCAAGGGCGCGCUCUCGGAGGCCAUCAAGUGGGACGGCAGCUCAGGCGGUGUGAUUCGCAUGGUGGUGCUUACAGGCAAGGGCGCACAGAGGCAUCUGUACUUGCCAGACCAGAACUACGAGGGGCCAGGAAAGCAGUAGGACAGGGCGCAGAAAGGAUGGUAGAUAGACACAAGGCCAUGGCUGAGAUAACAUGACAUGACCAUGAUGCCGGAACGAGGUUUACGAGAAUAGAAGACAUGUACUGG